AGACAGACGGUGUCCACUCGGCGCCGCUGCGCCGCUGCAAUUGCAAUUCGCUUCAACUUGGCCCCGCUCAACGCUCACCACCCACCGUGUGUGCCUUUUCCCCGCACCUCCUCGCCCCUCACUCUUUACCCACUCGAUGGAAUCGCACGACUAUCAGCACGAACCAUGACGAUCACUACCCUCGGCGCCGCACGCCACAUCGCGCCCACUGUGCUCAACACAUUCUUUCAGCACUACUUCGAGCAGGCAAAGAAGCGUAGAAAGGAUCGUCAUUUGGAAGCCACCGAUGAGUUGCUCUUCCACGAGGCAUUCUCCAUCGUCAAGAGAUUCAUCUCGCUAGCCACAAAUGACACGGUCGAAUCCCUCCAAUCCUUCACCAACACACGCAUCCCGCCUCCCCCACGCACCACCGUCGUCUCAGACUUGAUCCCCCUCUCAUCAUGCGAUAAAGCCGCAAAGGCAAUCAUAGACUACUUUGGGCCGGAUGACUUGAAGAAUGUGGUAGGCGGUGAGAAAUGGUGGCAAGUCCGCGGACUAAACGGCGUAGAGGCAGAGUGGGUAGCCAUGACGUCUGACUGGAAGAAGGCGAAAAUAGUAGAAGAGAUGGCCGACGGUGAGGCGCGCGUCAAGGCGGCCAAGUUUGCAAAAUAUCACCGCAGGCACGAGAGGGUCGAGCGCAAGCAUGUGCGCAAGCAGGAGAGCAGCACCGACCCGGCCAUCGAGGAGCUCGAUGAGGCGCACCGCAGCUCGGGCGACGACAGCGUCCCCGUCGAAGAGCUGGAUCGACUGCGAAGGUGCCUUCUCUACUUCCACGGCGGUGGCUUCUACUUUGGCUCAGCACCUACGACGCAUCGAUACCAGAUUGUGCGCCUCGCCCGCAAGAUGGGUGGGCGAGCAUUCGCACCUACGUACAGAAAGGCCCCCGGAUAUCCCUGGCCCGCUCCAUUGCAAGACUGUCUCGCUGCCUACUUCUACCUCAUUGAACCGCCACCGGGCGCAAGACACAAGGCCAUCGAUCCCAAGAAUAUCAUCUUCGGUGGAGAUUCGGCAGGUGGAGGCAUGUGCCUCGCCGUCCUGGCCGUUUUGCGAGAUUUGGGCCUGCCCAUGCCUGCUGGAUGCACCCUCAUCUCGCCGUGGUGCGACCUCACCCACUCUUUCCCCUCUAUUCUCCAGAACACGGAUAGCGAUAUCAUCCCGCAGUACGGCUUCGUUCAUAAGCCCUCGACCCUCUGGCCGGUGCCGGCCGUGGUGGACGAGAAGGACAGUCCGAGCAGAGAAGUACCCCAGGAUGGGGUCAAGGCGGAGACGGGUAGCAACAGUGGUGGCAACGGGCAGCCAAGAGUCAAGGGAGUGGAUCGCACACCACACGCCUCGCGUCCUCAGUCUCCGCAAGCCUCGCACGCCUCGCACGCCUCGCACGCCUCGCGCCCUCAGUCCCCAACCACUUCCAAGCCCAGCAUCGCGGGCAUCCCCCCCGCUCCCUCCCCCCUCAAGUCAGACAUCAUCGACGUCGAGCUCUCGAACAACGACCGUAUCCACCUCACGCAGCAGAUUCAGCUCUACGCCACAAAUGACCAGCUCUACCACCCUCUCUGCUCCCCAGUCCUCCAGGGCUCAUUGGGCGGCCUACCCCCGCUCUACAUCAUCGCUGGGGACGGCGAGGUGCUUCGCGACGAGGUGAUCAUGCUCGCCCAUCGGGCCGCUCGCCCGGAGAAGUAUCCCUUGCCCGAGCAUCUUCUCGCCAAGAAUGCCCGCGCUCGUGAGACGGCGGCGAGGUUCAAUUCGCAACCGACGAAGGUGCACCUCCAAGUCUUUGACUACCAGUGUCACGUCCUCACCCUCUUCCCCUUCACUACCGCUGCGCGAUACGCCUAUCGUGCUCUGGCUAGCUUUGCGAAGCAUGUGACUAAUGCGCAGACGACAUUGGUGCGCAAUCCGUUCCCGGAGCUGAGGGAGGAGCCGAGCGUUUCGAGUAGUGUGUUUAGUCAGGGUGUCACGGGGGCGGGACAUGGGAAUGGAGAGGGAGGAUGGGUCGAUGAGCCAGAGGAGAUGUUGCAUGGCGAACAAGGAUCGACAGACGACUCGACCAGGCAGCGAGAUGCAAGCAGUACGACUGGCUCGUCUCUGGCCGCAAGCAACAGCCCCGCCACCGCAAGUCGCAGCGGCACGACCACGCCGGCCACCACCGCGCCCAGCUCCGUGCCCACCGCUCUCACCGCAAUAGACACGCCUCCCUCGGCCACCGCCUCUGCGACGAACAGCGCCCACUCCUCCCGCCGAGCCACGCGGCGCCAACAUGCCAACUCGCUCCUCGAAGAGAAGAGACGCAAAGCCACUUCUGGCGUAUCCAACGACUACUCAGGCCAAGUCCCCUUGAAACGCCCGGACUUCCACGAGCACAUGAUCCGCGAACGUGUCAAUGUCCGCGGCGCCGUUCGCCCCCUCGAGGCAGAGGAGGAGCUUCAAGCCGUGAAGCUCUUCAUAGAGCACCCAGAGGUGGUAGGCACCAUCCGCGAAGGACCCGUCAAGCGCUACCUGGAAGGCAAAGGGAUCUGGGACAAACGGUUCAAGCGAACGGCAAAGAAGGUGGAGAAGCGACGCAGGGAGAAUGAGAGGCGUUGCGAGGAGAUGUUGGAGAUUGCCUUGAAGCGUGGACUUUUGGACCAGAAGCAGAAGCACGGUAUCACCGGGUCCGCGCAGCGCACCCCUACUGACUCGCCCAAGGGGACAGCAAAGGGGACUGGGGGCACGGCCGAGGAGACUCUCUGGGUGGACGAAGCGCGCUACGGUCCUGUGGACGUGGCUCUUGCACGGGAGACACCCCCACCCUCGGCCCUCGCCGGACGCAGGGACUUGCGGCUGAAGCGUCGCAGGCUGCGCCGAAGAAGGUCAAGCCGGGGAUGCAUGGGAUGGCUCUGUGGACCAAAGGGAUGGGGGUGUUCGGGAGGAGGACGAGGAAGAAGGCGUACUUUGAGGAUAGGAGUGGGAGGACUGUGGAGGAGGAGGCCGAUGAGGCUGCCGGAGGGACAAGAGGUGGGGCUGAGGCUGAGGCUGAGGCGCCGCCUGUUUCGCCUAUGCCGAAGUAGUGGAAGAGGCGGAGGAAGGAUACAUACCCGUCGUCGACCCUAGAGAUUAGUGUAGCAGAGUUUCGUUCGUCUAAUGAUUCAGAAGAUGCGUGUAAUCCAUCCCGGUACCACAUCCUAUUCGUCGAGUCU